UCAUCAAAGUUCUGUCCGUGUAUUGGCGGAUGAGCAUUUCGUUGGGAAGGGGAAGACUGAUUUCCGUCGGAUGUCACUGGGUCUCCCUGCCCAUCAGACCCAAAGAGCCACAGUUCUGAGGGCAUCUCACUCCGCCUCUUUGCAUCCUUGAGGAUCCCUGGGGCGCGCUGGCGCAGGAGGCUUCUAGGCUCCCAGCCCCGGGGACGGUUCUUUCCCGUUUCCUCCGAUUAAGCCGACCCGGUUCAUACCUUUUAGUCUUGGGAGCGCGCGUCCCCGAGCCUCCGACCGCAGACUGCAGAAACCAGGCGGUGCAAGUCCGGGCGCAUCCCCGCGCCCGGCCCCGGGCCUGCGCAGCCAUCUUCAGGGAGGAGGGUGCGAGGGAGGCGCGGCCUCGGGACGCGGACCCGCCCCCGUCUCCGGGGCCGCCCAGCCCGGCCCGCAGAGCGCUAGCUCAGCCGCGCCGCCCCCGGCUUCCGACUCCGCCGCGGCCCCGCUCGGCGGCCUCGCGCUCUCCCGGCCCGGCCCGCAGACGCGCCAUGGGCCCCGCGCGCUGCUUGGCGCUGGGCGGCCUCCUCGCUCUGGCCGGGCUGUUGGAGGGCCGGCUCGUGCGCGAGCAGGAAGCCGGCUUCGGCGAAUGCGACCGAUUCUUCUACGCCGGGACCCCGCCCGCGGGGCUGGCGGCCGCUGCCCACGUGAAGAUCUGUCAGCGCUCCGAGGGCGCCGAGCGCUUCGCCACCCUGUACAGCACCCGGGACCGUAUCCCCGUGUACUCGGCGUUCCGCGCCGCGCGCCCCGCGCCCCUGGGCGCCGCCGAGCAGCGCUGGCUGGUGGAGCCGCAGAUUGAUGACCCCAACAGCAGCCUUGAGGAGGUGAUGGAUGAGGCUGAUGCCAUCAGCUCUGUGAACAAUCUGGGAAGCAAGCAAGCCUUGCAUGCAGAUUACCUGGGUUCUGAUUACCAAACAGGACAGCUGUACCCGUUCUCCCUCAGCAGUGACCCCGACACAGCCACGUUCACUCUCACAAAUGCAGCUCCAAUGACCCCAUCCUUCCUGAAACGGUGGUACGUGAAUCUCAACAGCCUAAUGGACCGGGCCCUGACCCCACAGUGUGGUGAUGGGGAAGAGCUCUACAUCAUCACAGGUGCUGUGCCCUCAGACCUCAAGGUCAAAGACAAAGUGGCCAUCCCGGAGUUUGUUUGGCUGGCAGCCUGUUGUGCUGUCCCUGGAGGAGGCUGGGCCAUGGGCUUUGUCAAGCACACCCAGGACCGGGAGGUCAUAGAAGAUGUGAUGGUGAAAGAACUUGAGAAACUGCUUCCAUUCAAGCCUCAGCUGUUCCAGAACAACUGUGGGGAAAGUGAACAAGACACAGAGAAGAUGAAAAAAAUCCUGGAAAUGGUCAACCAAGUCCAGGAUGAGGAGCGGAGGGUAGACUCUGCAGGGGACUCUGGGACCCUCUCCAGCACAAGGAGUACCAGGUCCACUCUGCUGCCUCCAGAGGCACCUGGGGAAAAGAGUAGCCUUUUGGGAAAACUCUUGGGCUUCACUGCUACCCCAUUCAUCAAGCUUUGCCAAUUAAUUUAUUUCCUGGCAGUCAGAAUCCUGAAGUACCUUGUGUAUUUCCUGUGGUAUGUCACCAAACAGGUGACUCAUGGUCUAGAAAGUUGUCUUUACCGCCUGGGGUCAACCACCAUCUCCUACUUCUUGGCCAUCGGGGAGGAGUUGGCCAGCAUUCCCUGGAAGGUACUCAAAGUCAUGGUCAGGAUCACCAGGGCCAUUCUCCGGAUCCUUUGUUGCCUGCUGAAGGUUGUUUGCCGUAUCGUGGGCAUCCCUGUCCGAGUCCUUGUGGAUGUGGCCACUUUUCCUGUGUACACCAUAGGCGCAGUUCCAAUUGUGUGCAGGGACAUUGCAACGGGCCUUGGUGGCAUCAUCUCUCUGUUCUUUGACACUGCUUUUGGCACCAUGGGUGGCCUAUUUAAGGUCAUUUUUAAUGUCGGCAAGCAGAUUGGCUACAAGAUUACUUUCGACAAUCCUGGGGAGUUAUAGAAAAAAAACUGAGUGCCCAGUCACAAUGAAUUUGAUUUUUUUCUUUUCUUUUUUUUUAAAUAGAGAAAGCUGGAAUAUUUUGCCUAUAUAAUGGGUUUCUGUUCACUGUCAGUUAUCGUAGUAUUUUGGCCUUUGGUGGGGGGGUGUCUGCCUGUUUUUGCAAAGGAAGAUGAUACAAUUUUAACUUCACCCAAGAGGAAGUGUUCAAGGUGAGAUUAUGUGUAGGUCGCCUGCUGUGAUGUGGGUGAACUUCCAAGCCAUCACCUUCAGUUAUUCACUCUGAUAUAGGUGACCGUGUGAGAGACUCAGGUGUUCAUUUGUGAUAAUUAAAAAUUACAGGAAAGGAGGACAACUUUAAACCAAAGGCUUUCCAAGAAAAGUAGAAAGGAGUCUUGUUCCUCCUAUUACUCUCUGAGACUUAAGGCAAAACUGACAUAAAUACUCCUGGCCAAUUUGUUAUCAUUUUGCUUCUUUUUCUCCCCAACUCAGCUGACUUGGUGAGGUAAAGACAUGCUUCCCUGUUGAAAUAACUUUCUUAGGACAUAGAAUCUGCUAUAUCCCUUAGCUUUCCAUGGCUCCCAAGGACCUGUAAGGUUGUUUUGUAUUUUUUCUUCAAAGUUGAAUUUUGCUGCAUUUUUUUCUUUUAGGUAAUGAUAAGCAUUUUAUGGCAAACGUGGCAUAACAAAUUCUGAAUGCAAGGACUAAGAUUGUUUGCCCCUUGAAUGCUAUAGUACAGUCCUCCCAGGUAAAAAAAAAAGGGAGUGCACAGGUCAGACCCCUGCUCUGAGUAGGUGCUGUAGGUCCGAGGAUAUCCUUAGCCAAGCUUGGAUUAACUUGACAUAUAUUAAAUCUCUGGCUGAGAAGACAGAGCUCAAAGACCUACAUGUUAAGCUAAUAUGAAAAUUCAUAUUCUGCAACAUACUAGAUCAUUCUUUCUUACACUUCAAACAAGUACCCAAUACCAAAAGUAGAAACUACUAAAACACUCUGACUUCUGUCCUUAAAUGAUUGCUUUGGUAUAAAGGCAUAAAAAAGAGCCCCCAAAUAAAAACUCUUCUGGCCAUCUUGGAAAAAAAAAUCCAUAUACAUAUAUAUAAGUUUACAUAUGGAUACCCUUGAUUCAGAAUCAUUAUCUCAGGAAAUUAUUUUUUAGUGUGUUUGAGGCUAGAAAACAUAACUCUCCCAUUAAUUCAAGUUCUAUGUGAGAGCUAAUCCCCAAUUUUUUGAUCAAGCACUUGUCAUUUUUUUUUCUUUUUUUUUUUCUUUUUCUCUUUUUAUUUUAAAACAACUUUAUCAAGGUAUAAUUGGCAUACAAUAAAGUACAUAUAUUUAAGUGUAUAGUUUUGACAUAUGUAUACAUCUGAAGCACUUGUCAUUUUAAAUCUUGCACUGAAAAUGAUUAACAGGAGGAAGCUGCAGCUCCCAGACUUUGCUCUGCCUUCCACAGCUGAGACGGAAUCACCUGGAUUUUUCUGAGUUUUCUAAAGAAUGGUUGUGGGGUAUAAUAGAAAAGGACCAAGGGUAAACUACUGAUUUGGGGAUUGCAGGCCACCAUGCAUCUGAAAGUUUAAUGCAGAAACUUGGGGUCCAGAAAGGCAACAAGGAGAGAAGGGUGGGUCAACCAUUUGCAUCAAGUUGGUGGACAAGAAAUGUGAGUGUAAUGAGAGUUACAUUUUGUAGAAAAAUAAUUGAAUUGGGCCCAGAGUGGAAGAGCAGCCAGCAAGCUGCCAUCCUGAUCAAUUUGUGAUGCAAGGUAGGGUAGUAUGACACCAGACCGCGAACGUGUCAUAGGGAGCUAUGCACCAGAUUACCUAAGACUCUGAAGCAGUAAUUUACCAACACUUCUGUUAGUGAGCAUAAAAAUCUGUAGUCGGGCUUUCCUUCAUUUUAGCAGCAUGAAAGUACAUGGAGGAGCAAGGGUUUGCCUUGGUACUGAUGGGUCAAGAAUCCUGCUGGAUGAAAGAAAGGGAAUUUCAGAAGGGACCAGCGAGAUGGUCUGACCAAAGCCUCAUUUGAUGAGGAAGCUGAGGCCUGAUGCUAGCUGAUGGCAUAUCAGGAGCCAAGGUCUUCUGCAUAUGUCCCGUCACACCUGGGAUGUCAGAUCUGUGGUCCAGCUGCCUCCCUGGACCAGGGCAGAGUUUUCUCCCUCAUCCAUCAAACAGACUAGGCUCUGAAGAAUCAGAUGGGUUUGGCCUAUAUGAUGAAACAGCUAGCCAUCCGUGCAUAAGACCAUGCUUACUGCCUCCCAUGGACUCGAUAUCCCCUCAGAGUACUUACUUGCAUACUGAAAGACCCAAAGAGGGCAUCCAUGGUAGCUUGAGUCCCUUGGCACCAUGGGAGGAGCAAGGUAUUUGAACUGCUGCUUGAGAACCAUUUGAAAAUGUCUUCCUUUUCAGUUCCAGUUGUUUAGCGUCUUAUUUAUUUAUUAUGGUGUGGCCUUUUUUGAAAUCUGGAAAGGAAAAAAUAUCCCUAAGUUUAGGUGGCUGAGACCCUUUGCUCUGGACCACUGGUAUUGGCUGUGCCUCUGGUUCACUGGCUCCAGCAGGUGGCUGGACUGCUGGCCUGUUCCCGAUGAUCAACUUUGGGCUUUUGGGUGGGAGUUUGGGUUGAUGAGCCCCAUCUCUGGCUUGAAGAUUUUUCUGUGUCUCCAUUAUAGUCUCAGGCCUCUUGGGACGUCAGCCAACUCUUCAUCACUAUGGAGCUGAUUUUCUAGUCCGGAUCAGACGUGUCUUUGGACACUUUUCUUUUCCAUUGUGCCUUUUGAGUGUUUGCUUCUCAGCGUCAGCACUUGCCCCUAAAUGCAGACGACGGUGUCAGGAGAAGGAACUAGAGUGAAACACUGGUCAUUCAUUCAGUCAGUCAUCCAUCAAACGUGUAUUUGAACAGCAGAGUUGCAGAGGUCGACGAUACAUGGACCCCAUGUUUGAGGAGUUCAAACAUCUAGUGGUGAGGACACGGUGCAGUUAGUUGAUCCAUGUACCACAUCAUGGUAAGCCUGCAAUGGUACUAGCAGCAUGAGCCCUGGAGCACAGCAGGAAAAACCACGAAACCAUGGACAUUGGGGAAUCCUUUACAGAGGGUGUGACAAAAGUCAAUUUGACAUUUUAAAGCUAUGUACAAUGCUGUGCACCUUGCAAUGCUCAAUAAAGUAAUUGUUGACAAUGCA